AUGAUCAGCUCUAUAUAUGACCCUUUGGGCUUUCUCGCCCCUAGUGUCAUAAGAGCAAAGAUGAUCUUCCAGGAAGAGUGCAGACGCAGAACAGGAUGGGAUGAGAAAUUAGCUGACAAAACGAUGACAGCUUGGCGAAGCGACGCUUCUCAGCAUGCCUAUGGCGUGGUGUCAUACCUGAGGAUGACAAAUGCAGAAGGAGCACAUGAAAUCUCUUUUGCGUGUGGUAAAGCCAAGCUGGCCCCUCUGAAACAACAGACCAUAUCCCGUCUUGAAUUGUGUGCUGCAGACAAACAAAUACGUAAAGAGCUUGACCAAAGAAUCGAUAGAACGACGUUCUGGACAGACAGCACAGCCGUCUUACAGUAUAUUAGAAAUACUGAACGACGCUUUCACGUCUUUGUGGCCAACCGGAUCUCGGCGAUUCAUGAAGAAUCUAACCCAGAACAGUGGAGGCACGUGACCUCGUCAAUAAACCCGGCAGAUGACGCCAGUCGGGGCCUGAACGGAAUGGAGUUCUCGAAGAGCAGCAGAUGGAUUCGAAGGCCAGCUUUCCUCUCUUUAGAUGAAGAUCAGUGGCCAAGGAAUGACUUAGAGGUUCCAAAUCUCACUGAUGAGGACCCAGAAGUGAAAAAAGAAACUACAGUACUGGCAACUAACGUAAGUCAAGGACAGGACAUCCUGGAGAAAUUAUGGAACAGAUACUCCUCUUGA